GAAUCAAGUAAAUAGAGCUAGGGCUGGAGGCACAAGUUUAGUGUCGGUGGUGACGUCAUCGCACAUUGAGCUGGCUGAGCGAGUAGUAGUGAGGGAGACAGAUAGAGGCGCGCGGUAGUAAAGAACACAGUACCAUGAACUUCUGAGAGCAACUUCGUCGUUUUUUCUGGCUUCAGGGCUGGAGGAGCGUUUCAACUAUAUAUUUUUUAAAAAUCUUCUUUUUUGUCGAAAGGACAAGUAACAUAUUCGACAGACGUUUGGAGCAAAGGGUUGUGAGUUAGUUGUUUUUCUGUUCUUCUCACGAAAGCCAUGUCCUCCGCGGCAGUUGCUGCCUCGAGAAGGCAGUCAUGUUAUUUAUGUGACUUGCCCCGCAUGCCGUGGGCUAUGAUAUGGGAUUUUACAGAGCCCGUUUGCAGGGGAUGUGUCAACUACGAAGGAGCCGACCGAAUCGAGUUUGUUAUUGAGACUGCUCGACAGCUGAAGCGGGUACAUGGUUUUCAGGAUGGUAGGUCUCCGGGACCUGGGAAACAGUCGCUGUCUGGAAAGGAAAUUCAGGCUCUCAACCACUCGGCCGGAGAUCCUGGAUCCCGACCGCCUCAGCCUUUGGACCGCUAUCCUCUCGCCUCUGAGAGACCGCCCCGGCUGGGUCCGGAAUAUCAACCAGGGAGGCAGGCUAACGGCAUUCCCGUUCCAAACGGAUUCCCUAAACCCGACGAGCCGCCGGAGCUGAACCGCCAGAGCCCUAACCCUCGCAGGACUAGCGCAGUCCCUCCCAAUUUGGUGCCUUUGGUUAACGGGAACAUGCCGCCCGUACACGCGCUCAAUGGUCGACCUGGUCAAAUGGGGAUGCCGAGCGCGUUGUCGGUCAACCCAGGCGAUCACGGCGGCAAGCGGUCGGAGGAUAUGAAAGACAAGCACAGACCGGAUAGCAUGUCCGAUAUGAGCGACAGCCACAAGCGGGCCGAGGAGUGGAUGGGAAAAGGCAAAACGGUGCGGGAAAUUAUGGCACUCCACACGUUCGACAGCAGGUUCAAGAAAGACCAUGCGGCCAUGCAACACAGAGUAAUGGGAUACGACCCAAGCGCCACUUCCUCAAAAUCAGACAGAGGGAAGCACCCGAGGAGCAGCAUGAAGAGGAAAGCCUCCCCUGAGCCGGACGGGGAGGGCGCCGGCAUGGUGGCCGUUAAGAUGAACGGCGAGGGCCAGCCGUGGCUGCCGUCACCCUCGGAGGUUCUGAAGAUGCCUCCGGCCUCCUUGCCGGGCUUCUCAGCGGCUGCACCUCCUUCCACUAUCUCCCCGCACCCCCGCACCACCCCACCGGAGGCCGCCACCGCGUCGCAGAACGGCCAGUCCCCAAUGCAGGCGCUCAUAUUGGCUGCAGACAACGCCGGUGCCGGCACCGGCUCCCCGAAAGACGCCAACCAGGUCCACUCCACCACCCCGGGUGCCUCUGCCCGCCGCAACAGCGGGAGCCCCCUGUCACCUUCCUCGGCCAAUCAGCGAAGGCUGGCUCAGCGGGAGGUCCUGGGAGGCGGGGGCGCUGGGACCCCAGCCACCACCCACGUGCCAGGCAUGGACCCCCAGGCGGUGCACCCCCAGAGCAUUCCGGACUCUUCCGUGCCCAGCAGCAUACCCCUGUGCUGCACGUUCUGCCAUGAGCGACUGGAGGACACGCACUUCGUCCAGUGCCCGUCGGUGCCCUCGCACAAGUUCUGCUUCCCGUGCUCGGAAAGCAUCAAACAGCAAGGAGCCACGGGCGAAGUUUACUGUCCAAGCGGGGAGAAGUGCCCACUGGUGGGCUCCAAUGUACCCUGGGCUUUUAUGCAAGGUGAAAUAGCCACCAUUUUGGCAGGGGAUGUAAAGGUAAAAAGGAACGAGACCCGUGAUUUCAUUGCCCCGUUCUUACUCAUCUUCUAUGGCAUUUUGUUUGUUUUAUUCUGUUUCUUUCUAGACAGUAACACAACAAACAGAAUAUUUGCAUACAGUUAAAUGCGCAUACUACAUUGCUGACACCCAAGCAAGACUUUUUCUGGACAUGUACAUAUGGACACAAGGGAAGUGAACACUUCAUAAACAUGGCUGUACAUUUUUUUUGAAAACAUUCUUGUUUUUGAAUACAUUGUGUUUCUAUAUUUUUGAGGAUAAAGGUAUGUACGCAUUAUAACAAACUCUGUCCGCUUACUAUCUCUUUCCGUUGUUAAAGCCAAUUAUCGGUGUACUUUCUAGAUCUGGUGGCAGUCUUUGGUCGAACAUAGAAUGUGACUAAUAUUCUACAAAGCACUUGGCAAAAAAACUGAAAUGCUUCUAGCUGUACAUGUAUGCACUUGUUUUAAUUGCCAAAUACAGUUUCUGACCUUGUAAUAACAACA